AUGUUCUCCAUUCGACCUUCCAUGAUGCCAUUACGGCUCUGCAAGGCUGGUGCGCCCGAGCAAGCAACCAAUUCUAAUCCUGAGGCAAAGGGGGACACCAGUGGACCCGAAAAUUCAUCGUCAAAAAAAAAGAUGCACGAUGAGCCCGCAUCCUCACUUAUUUCCAGGCCUACGAUAAUAUCGCAGUUGAAACGGGGCGGAGCACAACUUUUUGUUCGGAGAAUGCGUGACCUUACCAGUGUCUUAAAGGUCGGUGAUACUCGACACGCGCUUUCCGUUGCAUCUAAAGCUUUAAAUGAGUUCACGGGAUAUUCCUCGGUGGAGAAUAUGAAAGAAAAGGUGAUUCAACAGGAAAAGGAUUUCAUGGCCACACGACAACGUCUGACGGAAGCAAAACAUGCCUACGAAGAAUCCAUUGCCAGGCGUUCCGCCACGCAACGUGAGAUCAAUGAAUUACUUCAACGCAAGCAUCAGUGGUCGAACGAUGACGUCGUACGGUUUACACAGUUGUACCGGGAUGAACAUACGAAUGAACAGGCGGAAAUUGCGGCCAAGGAAGAUUUCCGAAAAUACGAGCAGCAGGUUGAACAGGAAUAUACCAACCUAACAAGAUCGAUGAUGUUGCGCUAUCACGAGGAACAAGUUUGGAGUGAUAAGAUUCGCAGCGCUUCCACUUAUGUUACAAUCGCCCUGAUGAUGCUCAACGUAAUCUUAUUUAUUGGUGUGCAAACCAUUUUUGAACCAAGAAAAAGACAAAAGUUGACCAGUCAAUUUGAGGAAUUGCUUGUCAAUAAGACACGAGAGGAAGAGGAUAAAUUAGAGAAUGGUCUUUUUCAUCCGUUUAUUAAACGACUCGAAAUGUUUGAGGAAAAGAUCGGUCAAUUACUACAGUUAUCAACGAAAAUGCUUUAUAAGAGUCCCGAGAAUAACACGAAUACACCCGACGUGAACAAUUCCGAGUUGCCCAUGACAGAAGAAGAAAUUAAAUCCUUCAUGGAUGAUUUUGAGAAACCCGUGGAUGACAGCCAGCGUGCGAGGAAGCCGGUCAAAUUGACACGAGAUGAAUUCGACAAUAUCAUACUUAUAUCCGCUCUUCUGGGUGCAUCCAUAGGUUUACUUAUCAGCGUCAUGGUAACCGAGAUAUUCAGCAGAUGA